AUGCCUGUGUCGGCAGGCGGCAAAAAUGUCCUCAUCGUUGGCCCCGGCUUCAUCGGCUGGAACGUCCUCGACCAUCUGGUCCGCGAGGGCUACAACGUGACGGGCCUGGUGAGGCGUGCGUCGCACGGACAACAGAUCGAGUUCUCCGGGGCGAAAGCUGUCGUCGGCGAUCUGAACGACACAACCUUGAUCAAGACGCACGCGGCCGAGAGCGACAUCAUCUUCCACACCGCGACCGCUGACCACAAGCCCAGCGCCGAGGCCGUCUGCCAGGGCGUGGCUGAGCGGGCCGCGCAGGGCAAGUCGACCAUAUACAUCCACACGUCCGGCACCAGCGUCUUGGACGACGGGGCCUGCGGAGAGUUCAAGGGCGACAAGGUCUACCACGACAACAACCGCGCCGAGAUCGAUUCGGUGCCGGACGACGCGCCGCACCGACAGAUCGACCUGACCAUCCUAAAGUACCAGAAGGAGAUUGGCGACAAGGCCAAGAUCGCCAUCAUGAUCCCGCCCUUGAUCUAUGGGUACAACCCUCAGCACCGACGACUGACCAUCCAGAUACCGACCCUGACCCGGUUCGCGAUCAAGCACGGUUUCGCGGGGUAUCUGGGCAAGGGUCUCCCGGUCGAGUCACAAAUCCAUGUGCUGGACCUCGCGCAGGCGUACGUGACCUUGCUGCAUCACAUGGAAAACACGCCGGCACAGGACUUCCUUGACAACCCCUACUUUUUCUGCGAAAAUGGCCGUGAGGCUUCCUGGCGCGAAGUCGCAGAGAUGAUCGGCGAGGCCCUGCACAAGGCUGGAAAAAUCCAGGAUCCAACGCCAAAGACUAUCCCAAAGGAUCUGUGGGGCGAUCUCUUUGGCGAGUUCUCCGGCGCGGUUAUAGGCUUGAACAGCCGGAGCAGGGCGGUACGGCUGAGAGAGCUCGGAUGGGAGCCGACCCAGAGGGGCAUGGAGGAGAGUUUCCAGAUGUUCGAGCUGGCCGAGAUAUUGAAGGAGGACGUGGUCGAGUUCCACGGAUAUGCUGGCACUGCGGCGUCGUGA